AUGUCCUAUCCGCCACCUCCAGGUCUCAGCCAGACACCCGCUUCCCUACCAGCUCGUCCUCCACCUUCAAGCAAUGGCUCUCAAUCAGCAGGGUACAACGCGUUCACGGCAUUCCAACCACGUGCCGUAGCGUCCACUCAGUCGCAGCCGCAGCCAUAUCGCACUCAAAGCCCGGCUGUCGCGACACCUCCUGUCUCGACUGCCCCCUACGCGUCCGCGGCACCCGGCUAUGGUGCUUAUUAUCAGACACAGCAGCCUCAUGCGCAUCCAUACCAGGCUCCUCAGACUUACCAGUCGCAACCUCAGUCCUAUCAAAGCGGACCUCAGUACUACCCAUUAAAUGUUCCGCAAAUUCAAAAUCCAUUUGGAUCCACGCCAAACCACAACAAGCCCCAGCCUCAUCGUGCGCAAAACGACCGACAAAGCCAAGUCCCUGGAGUAGACGCCGAGACUGAAGCCCAGAUUGCGCAAUGGCAAAGCGCUUAUGCCAACCCCGCCGAUGAGCUGGCCAAGCCGCAGGGCCCGAAUGCGGGAACUCCAUCGGUCGUCAGCACUCCGAUUCCAACACCCGCACCACAGGCAGAACCCCAGGUCACUGUGGUUCGAUCAGGUGGCGGUCAGCAAUGGACUGAUCCAACUUUGCUGGAGUGGGAUCCAGCGCACUUCCGGCUAUUUGUUGGUAAUCUUGCAGGCGAGGUCACUGACGACUCUUUGCUGAAAGCGUUUGUCCGCUACCCAUCCGUGCAGAAAGCCCGCGUCAUUCGAGAAAAGCGAACCCAGAAGAGCAAAGGCUAUGGGUUCAUCAGCUUCAGCGACGGAGACGAUUACUUCAAAGCUGCACGUGAGAUGCAGGGCAAGUAUAUUGGAUCGCAUCCUAUCUUGCUGCGCCGUGCCAAUACCGAGGUUCGACCGGUUUCUGUGAAUAAAAAUCAGAGGAAGAAUCAGGGCGGUGGCGGUGGCUCUGGUGGCGCUGCGGGUGCACGAGGAGGUGGAACCAAAGUGAAGCAGGAUGGUGUGAAGAAGCAUGGGAAGACUAAGGGAGGCCUGAAGAUUCUUGGUUAG